AAAGUAUCAAAGUGAAUUAAACAAUAGUUAAAAAGUGAUCUGAAUCUCCUAAUAUUAACACAAAUAUUUACAUGAGCAAUUCAUUGUUGUUUGCAGAAUUUUAAUUAUCAAACCUUUCAAGGGUAUCGAAUGAUGAUUAUCGUUCAUUUCUCCGUAGUUUCUGCUAAUUUUUAAUCAAUCGCUACUCUCUUCUAAAAAACAUAUUUUUACUUUUGCACGUUUCAUUUCGCGGUCUUUCUCAAUGCGGCAAAGAUGUCAUUGAAUAUCGAUGUGGAUAAAGCGUCGUCGAAUGGGAAGGAGAAGAAACUAUCGAUAGACGAACACACGCCAUUGACCUAUUUUGUGAGUCGAAAUGUGUUGCAACAAGAGGAUUUAACGCACAUUUCCGGUUACGACAGACAGAAACCCACAAUUGUCCAAAGCACAAAGCAGUCCUUUGAGGAGUUCAAAUGCACGAAAUUUGUGAAAAAUGUUGUUCCCGUGCUGGAAUGGCUGCCGAAAUAUUCGAUCAAGAAUAAUUUUGUCGGGGAUUUGAUGGCUGGUAUAACGGUAGCUGUGAUGCAUAUUCCGCAAGGAAUGGCUUAUGGAAUAUUAGCUGGUUUGACUCCAAGUGUCGGAUUGUAUAUGGCAUUCUUUCCUACUUUGGUCUACUUCUUGUUUGGUACGUCGAGGCACAUUUCGACAGGAACAUUUGCCGUUAUAAGCAUCAUGACAGCGAAAGUUGUGAAUACUUAUGCCACGAAUUCGCCGCAUUUGGAGGAUGAAACAUCUGGAAUGAACAUUACGGAAUCUCUACUCGAAACCACCGAUGAACCUCAAUACACUGCCUUCCAAGUUGCGACAGCUGUCACGAUGGUCUGCGGUAUCUACCAAUUAAUGAUGAGUUUCCUUCGUUUGGGAACUUUGGCGGCAUUAUUAAGCAAACCGCUCGUAAAUGCCUUCACAACAGCAGCUGCCAUCCACGUUCUCGUCAGCCAAAUGAAAGAUUUGUUCGGAGUAACGGUGCCUCGUUACAAUGGCGCUUUUAAAAUCAUUUUAACACUCAUCGACAUCAUCAAAGAGAUCCCUCGAUGUAAUAUAACAACAGUUAUUGUAUCAGCCUGUGUCAUGUUAUUCAUGAUUUUUAUGAAUGAAUUUUUAAAACCAAAAACUGCUAAAAAAUGUCGAUUUCCAAUUCCCGCCGAAUUAAUGGCUGUCGUUGGUGCUACUUUGAUAUCAUAUCUCAUGAAAUUAGGACCUCAAUACAGUGUCAAGCUCGUUGGAAACAUUCCUCUUGGGCUUCCAGAGCCUGAGGUGCCUCCAUUUGCCUUGCUAAAAGUUGUUGCUGUAGAUUCAAUUGCUAUCACAAUGGUUAGUUUUUCGAUUGGGAUCUCAAUGGCAUUGAUUUUUGCUCAGAAACAAUGUUAUGAAGUGCGUCCCAAUCAAGAAUUGUUCGCUUUUGGUUUAAGUAACUUGGUUGGCUCAUGUUUCAGUUGCAUCCCAAUGGCAUGCAGUUUAUCGCGUUCUGUGAUUCAAGAACAAACAGGCGGAAAGACACAAAUUACUUCAGUUGUGUCAGCAUCUCUCAUUUUAGUGCUUCUACUGUGGCUUGGACCCUUUUUCGAGACAUUACCAAAGUGCGUUCUUGCGGGAAUCAUCAUCGUCGCUCUAAAAUCCAUGUUUUUGCAAGUGCUGGACUUGCCCAAAUUUUAUCGUCAAAGCGUUCUUGAAGCCAUCGUUUGGAUUGUAACAUUUUUCGGUGUCGUCUUGAUCGACAUCGAUGUCGGGCUUUUAGCUGGCGUGCUUGUUUCACUCGCCGUUUUGUACAUAAAAGGUUACAAAUCGUAUUCUUGCCUUUUGGGAGUCGUUCCGAGCACAGGAAUUUAUGUCGACAUCAAAACGCACAAAGAUGCCAAAGAACUUUCGAAAAUUAAAAUAUUUCGAUACACGGGAGCGAUUAAUUUUGCUUGCAGAUCGACAUUCAAGUCGCAACUGUCGGAGGCGAUAAAAGUCGAUCAUCGCGUGAUUCGAAGAGCUUCGAUGAUGACAAAUGCCGACGAAUCGUCGAAACUUGUGGGAAUGCGGGCAGUUAUCCUGGAUUUAUCGACGGUGCCUCAUAUUGACUUUGCAGCCUGCGAAACUUUCGGAGAAAUUAAGAAGGAACUCGACUUGCUGAAUUGUGUUCUGUUGAUGGCAAAUCCACAAGAUGCUGUUUACGAUACUCUCGUGCACGCAAACGCCUUGGGAGUUGGUCCGUUUCAGGUUUUUGCGUCGAUUCAUGAUGCCGUGCUCUUUACACAACGUCGAUUGGAAACAAUUGUCUGAAAAAAAUCUCAAAAAAUUGAUGAAUGUGCCUUGAAACUAUAGGAGAAUUUUAGUCAUUUAAUGGUGCUCGGACUCUCUUACAAACAAAAAAAUUAUAUUAAAAAAAUUAUUAGUUACCAAAUGAAUUGAAUUUUAUAAAAAAUAAUGUUUUAUGUUGUUCGUCGAAUAUUGUAGUGAAAAAAAAACACUUAUACGAAUAGUACUUAGUUAGCCGAA